UCUCUCUUCCUCCCUCUCUCGUACCCUCUGCCAGGACUACUGCUGCGGUUGUGCUACCUGCAGCACAUACACUUACUCACACACACUUUGCCUUAACCAUGGCCCGGCUGCACCUAGUUCUGCUGGCCUUGCUGCCCAUCGUCCUCAUCCUAACUGUGCUGUCUGAGGUAGAAAGUGCAGCAGUGAAGGAUGGAAAAGAAAAAGUCAGUGAACGUCAGGGAUCUAAAAAGGUUUUUGUGCCAGCAUCAGAUGCGUCAAACUUUUUCAAGCGCCGUAGCCGCAGGUCCACAAAACCCUACGCUGAGUAUAUAGCGGAGCAUAAGAUGCAGUUGGCUGUCUCUGAGCGCAGGAGGGAGUACUAUGAGGAACAGAGGACAGAGUAUGAGAACCAUCUGGAGGAGAACCGAAAUGAGCAGUACGAAAGGAACCGGGAGAAUGCCGAGCAAUGGAGGGAGUAUCACUACGAUGGGCUCUACCCACAAUACCCACAUCACCGCCCUUAUGUCUAAGUGCUUCCUUGCAUAACUUUGCAUGGCUUAAGGACUCGCACAGCUGUAACAACUUUCACAAAGGGUUGGAUGCUUUUUUUUGUUUUGUUCCUGAAACUGAUUUAAUCUGCACUUUAUAUACCUUGUAAGUGCAUCAAUUCAGAAAAAAUAUAUAUACACACUGCUUGUAAUCCAAUAUGAUUAUUAUUCCUUCAUAACUUGCAUUAAAAAAAAAUAAAUUUUUAUUUGUAAACAUUUCAUAAUAAUUUUGUAAUCUUUAUAUAUGGUUAUAAUAAAAAGUACAUGGUGGAUGAGAAUAUUUUUUGGAAUAGAUUAACCUGGGAUCAAGUAAACAUUUUGAAAGGUGGUGAUUUAUACAUUUUAUAUUUUGAAAAUAACUAAAAUUCUUUGCAAAAGUAAUUAUGUGAGUAGAUUUUUAUUUUAAUGUUUUAAAAACACAAGUUUUUUUUCCCAUCAAUUUUAACCAUCAAAUUUUGUGUUAUUUUUGCAUCGACCAGAAUGGCUCUCUAUUUAAUUUUUUAAAAGUUGGCUGGGAUCUCUGCAAAUAGAAAUUAAAGUUUGGAAACAAAAA